AUGUUGGAUAAACUCCGACUCGUCUUAAAAUUGAUCGGCCUUACUUUCUCACUUACUUUCGUAAGAAUUUCAUUCCAUAUUUCUGGCCAAAUUCACCGCCUCACCUACAAAACCGACACCAAUCCCAAAAAUGUGGUCGUCGUGGGCGGAUCGUUCGCUGGCUACUUUCUCGCCAAGCAGCUUUCCGAAUCUCUUCCCUCAGGCUACCGAGUGAUUUUGAUUGAAAAGCAUUCGCAUUUCCACUUCACCUGGAAUUUCCCUCGCAUUUCAGUCGUACCGGACCAUGACCACGAGGCCUUCAUUCCAUUCCCGAGCCGGCCGAAGCUGGCUCCCGAAGGAGCUUAUUUGUUUCAGCAAGGAAACGUCGUCGCAAUUGCCCCCAGAAAAGUUACUUUGGAAGACGGUUCAAGCAUCGACUUCGACUACUUGGCCAUCGCAACGGGUUCGCAGGCUCGAUACCCCGCCAAAUUCGAGGCCGAUGGAAAGAGUGAAGGCAUUAAGUUUUUCCAAGAGCAGCAAGACCGGAUCAAAGCUGGUCAGAACAUCGUGAUUGUCGGUGGCGGAGCCGCAGGAGUGGAAGUCGCGGGGGACAUCAAGACGAAAUACCCAGAAAAGUCGGUGACAUUGGUGCAUUCUCGCAAAAAUCUUCUCAACAACUUCGGCGUUGGACUUCACGAGACGGCCCAAAAGGCUCUGGAGGCGCUUGAAGUAAAACUGUACCUGGGCGAACGUGUCAUCUCCGACAUGGACACCGAAUCUCCCAAAGAAAUCACAUUGAGCAGCGGCACGAUACUUCGAUGCGACACCUUGAUAAAAUGUACCGGACAAUACCCUCGCGCCACGCUGAUCCGAGGCUUCUCUCCAGCAUCAGUAUCUCAAUCUGGUGGUAUCCUGGUCGACGGGAUGCUACGGCUCAAGAACUCCCCCUCGCCAAAUAUUUUUGCCCUGGGUGAUGUGAUUGAUACACCGGGUCCCAAAAUGGGUCGUGCGGCUACGAUGCAAGGCAUGUGUGUCGCGGAUAAUAUUGUGCGUGCUAUCAAACAGAAGCCGCUGAAGACAUAUUCUCCGACGUUCGUGGACACUUCCAUAGAGUUGACGUUGGGCUUGGGGAAGAAUGUGAUGUAUAUCAACGACGGCAAGAGCGAGAUCUCAUUUUCCAAGAAGAUGACGGAUGAGUCGAUGCAUGCGGCUCAGAUGUGGAAAUUGAUGGAUGCGCAGCCAUUCCACGACGCAGGAGACUUGGAGGCAAGCAAGUUGUCGGCUUGA